UUCUUUUUUUUUUUUGGUCUAGCAGUUACUUCCAAUUACAAUGACUCAAUGAGACCUUACUAUUGAACAUAGAGCCCAUUAGAGAUUUUGUAUAAGCCCAGUUGUAGCCCAAAUAUGUUUCUUCUUUUGAGUCGUCACUGCGAUUGCGAAGCACCCUCCUCUCUCCCCUGAGAAACAAAAACCAAACCUGAAAGCUUUUGCCAUCGUCUUUCCGUGUGUGAAGGCAUGACAAUGCAGAGUAGCGGCACAGUUGGAGUGAAGAGAGUGUUCAUAGGAGCAGGAUGCAACAGAAUAGUCAACAACGUUUCAUGGGGUGCUUCUGGUUUUGUCUCUUUCGGAGCUCACAACGCCGUUGCUAUAUUCUGCCCCAAGAGUGCAAAUAUUUUGACUACUCUUCCGGGUCACAAGGCAGUUGUGAAUUGCACACACUGGUUACCAAGCAGCAAGUUCCUAUUUAAAGCAAAACAGUUGGAGCAGCAUUAUUUGCUAUCUGGAGAUGCAGAUGGUGCUAUUAUUUUGUGGGAACUGUCCCUUAUUGAUGGAAAGUGGAGGGAAGUGUUGCAAGUACCAAAAUUACACAAAAAAGGUGUUACAUGCAUUAGUGGAAUUAUGCUUUCCCAAACUGAGGCAUUGUUUGCAUCUACUUCCUCAGAUGGCACUAUUUGUCUAUGGGAAUUGGUAUUUCCACCGACACGCAAUGGUGACUGUAAAUUGUCAUUGCUGGAUUCUUUCUCCAUUGGUUCCAAAUCUAUGGUAACCUUGUCGAUGACGGAAUUGCCUGGAACUGGUGGGCAGAUAGUCCUUGCUACGGGAGGGUUGGAUAACAAGAUCCAUCUUUAUUGUGGAGGAAGGACAGGAAAGCUUGUACAUGCAUGUGAGCUGAAAGGACAUACAGAUUGGAUUCGGAGCUUGGACUUCUCACUGCCUGUAAGCAUCAAUGGGGACGCAAACAAUAUUUUUCUGGUGAGUUCGUCUCAAGAUAAAUGCAUCCGAAUUUGGAAGAUGGCGCUACGGAGCUCUAUUACCACUGGAAAAGGCAUAUACAAGAAGGAAGAAAUAAGCCUUUUAUCCUAUAUAGAAGGUCCUGUACUUGUAGCUGGUUCAUCCUCUUUUCAGAUAUCAUUGGAAUCUCUUUUGAUCGGACAUGAGGAUUGGGUAUAUUCAGUCCAGUGGCAGCCCCCUUUGGUUGAUUCUGUGGAAAGGGAUGCCUAUUACCAACCACAAAGCAUCUUAUCGGCUUCUAUGGACAAAACUAUGAUGAUCUGGCAACCUGAAAAGAAUUCUGGUGUCUGGAUGAAUGUCGUCACUGUUGGGGAACUAAGCCAUUGUGCUCUGGGGUUCUAUGGUGGUCACUGGAGCCCAAGCGGAUAUUCAAUCUUAGCACAUGGUUAUGGUGGUUCAUUCCAUCUUUGGAAAAAUGUUGUCAAUGAUAAUUGGCUGCCACAAAAGGUUCCCUCUGGUCAUUUCGCAUCAGUGACGGAUGUUGCAUGGGCCAAAUCUGGUGAUUACAUUAUGGCUGUUAGUCAUGACCAGACAGCUAGAAUUUAUGCUCCGUGGAAAGUUGAGGCAUCUCUAAAGAAAGGGGAGUUCUGGCAUGAAAUAGCAAGGCCUCAGGUACAUGGGCAUGAUAUAAAUUGUAUGGCAGUUGUUCAUGGUAAGGGAAAUCAUCGUUUUGUAAGUGGAGCUGAUGAGAAAGUUGCACGAGUGUUUGAAGCUCCAUUAUCAUUUUUGAAGACAUUAAACAAUGCUUCUCUGCAGAAGAAUUGUUCUUCUGAUGAUGUCCUCACAGAUGUUCAGAUUUUGGGUGCAAAUAUGUCUGCUCUUGGACUAUCACAGAAACCUAUAUAUGUUCAUGCUGUACAUGAGGCCCCUGAGAGAGGUGUGGCUGAUGGUCUUGAUACCCUAGAAACCAUUCCGGAUGCAGUUCCAACCGUGUUCUCUGAACCUCCAAUUGAGGAUCAACUGGCUUGGAACACACUGUGGCCUGAAACACACAAACUCUAUGGUCAUGGAAAUGAACUAUUUUCUUUAUGCUGUGACCAUAGAGGUGAGCUUGUUGCAUCAUCAUGCAAGGCGCAAUCUCCAACUGUGGCAGAAGUAUGGCUUUGGCAGGUGGGUUCAUGGAAAUCAGUUGGCCGCCUGCAAUCUCACAGCUUAACAGUAACACAGAUGGAAUUCUCACAUGAUGACAACUUUCUUUUGACUGUCUCAAGGGAUCGCCAGUUCUCCGUUUUUACAAUUACAAGAACAGGCACUGAUGAAAUCAGCUAUAGUCUUCUUGCAAGGCAGGAAGGACAUAAACGAAUUAUCUGGUCAUGUUCUUGGAAUCCACAUAGUCAUGAAUUUGCAACAGGCUCACGGGAUAAGAUGGUGAAAAUCUGGGCCAUAGAGAAGGAAUCGUCAGUCAGACCGCUUUUGACUUUACCUCAAUUUUCAAGUAGUGUGACUGCACUAUCUUGGAUUGGCCUCCAAGAUCGGAGAAACAAUGGACUUCUAGCCAUUGGAAUGGAAAAUGGUCAAAUAGAAAUGUGGAGACUAUCUUACAACAGAGCAGAUGAUGGGAGCAUUUUGGCACCAGGUUUGGCUGCCACACUUGCAGUACGUGUUCAUCCAUUUAUAUGCCAUGCCUCUACUGUAAACCGUCUCGCAUGGAGGAAGAACGACGAAGAUCAUAUGAGUAUGCAAUUGGCUUCAUGUGGAGCUGAUAAUUGUAUAAGAGUGUUUGACGUAACUGUUGAGUAAUUAGGCUUCUUAACCUUACUUUUUUAUUUUUAAUACAUAUGUAGAAUAUUUUUUAAUUGUUCCUGAUAUAGCUAUGUCUUAGAAAAUGUCCCUGCUUGCAUUGUUUAUGCUGAAAAAUGCCUGUUAUUGAUUUUGCUGAAUAAUUAGUAGUGUUGUACCCACCA